CUCUUUCCACCUGCUAACUGCCCCUCUGUCCACCCUCAUUUACCCUCCUUGCUGUCGUCGUAAUUCGUCGCAGCACUUUCCUAACCCGUAACCAUGUCUGCUGCCGUCGAAAAACGCGACAUAAAGCAGCCUUUACUCUUCGAAUGCGCAUGGGAGGUCGCCAAUAAAGUCGGUGGUAUCUACACCGUUAUCAAAACAAAGGUCCCCGUCACCGUUUCCGAGUUCGGCGACCGUUAUUGCCUCAUCGGUCCACUCAGCUACAAAACGGCUCCGAUGGAGGUUGAUGCACAGGAACCUGAGGAUGAACACUUGAAAGCUGCGAUUGAGUCGAUGCGCUUGAAAGGUAUCAAGAUUCUGUACGGAAGAUGGCUAAUCGAAGGUGCCCCGCGCGUCAUGUUGUUCGAUACGGGCAGCGCGUAUCAUUUUCUUGAUGAGUGGAAGGGUGAUCUAUGGAACUUGGCGGGCAUCCCGACUCCACCGAAUGAUCAUGAAACGAACGAGACUAUCGUCUUUGGUUAUCUCGUUUCUUGGUUCCUUGGCGAGUAUGUUUCUCAUCAGCUCGAGCACGCUGUUAUCGCGCAUUUCCACGAGUGGCAAGCCGGCUUGGCAAUCCCGCUAUGUCGGAAAAGGCACAUCGAUGUGACUACUGUGUUCACGACCCAUGCUACGCUACUUGGGCGGUACCUCUGCGCGGGUAGUGUUGACUUUUACAACAACCUGCAAUAUUUCGAUGUCGAUCAUGAAGCUGGCAAGCGUGGUAUUUACCAUCGCUACUGCAUAGAACGCUCCGCGGCACAUUGUGCAGAUGUGUUCACGACCGUAUCGCAUAUCACCGCGUACGAGGCCGAGCACCUUCUCAAGCGUAAACCGGACGGAGUCGUGCCGAAUGGACUCAACGUCGUGAAGUUCCAAGCGAUGCACGAAUUCCAGAACCUCCAUGCGCAGUCGAAGGCGAAGAUCAACGACUUCAUUCGCGGUCACUUCUAUGGCCACUACGACUUCGAUAUUGAUAACACUCUGUACAUGUUUACGGCUGGGCGGUACGAGUACCGUAACAAGGGUGUCGAUAUGUUCAUUGAAUCGCUAGCGCGUCUGAAUUAUCGACUACAAAAAUCGGGCUCGACUUUAACGGUCGUUGCAUUCAUUAUUAUGCCUGCCGCGACCCAAUCAUAUACAGUGGAGGCUCUCAAGGGCCAGGCUGUCAUUAAACAACUUCGGGAUACCGUCUCCGACAUCCAGACUCGCAUAGGUGAACGUAUAUUUGAACAUGCGGCGCGCUACACGGGUGAAUCCGGUACGGAGUUCCCGUUAAUAGACAGCCUUCUCUCGGAGCAAGACAAGGUGCUGUUGAAACGGCGAAUCUUCGCUCUCAAACGCAAUUCAUUGCCACCUGUCACAACUCACAACAUGGCGGACGACGCGCACGACCCAAUCCUCAAUCAAGUUCGUCGUGUUCAGUUAUUCAACGGACACAACGACCGCGUCAAAAUUAUUUUCCACCCGGAUUUCCUCAACUCGAACAACCCGAUUCUUGGUUUGGAUUAUGAGGAGUUCGUCAGGGGCUGCCAUCUCGGCGUCUUUCCGAGUUACUACGAGCCGUGGGGAUACACCCCAGCAGAAUGUACAGUUAUGGGUGUACCGUCUAUUACGACAAAUCUCUCCGGAUUUGGCUCGUUCAUGCAAGAUCUAAUCGAGGAACCUGCAGAUGAGGGGUGCUACAUCGUUGAUAGGAGGAUGAAGUCAAUCGAAGAAUCCGUUAACCAACUAACGGACUGCAUGUUCUCGUUCUGCAACAAGACACGGAGACAGCGGAUUAAUCAGCGGAAUCGCGUUGAGAGGCUUUCGCCGUUGUUGGAUUGGAAGAAUCUGGGGAUUGAGUAUUCGAAAGCGAGGCAGUUGGCGCUGAGACGUGCAUAUCCGGAUUCGUUUAGUGAUGAGGAUGAGGAGUAUGAUUUUGCUGCUGGGGUGGAGAGGCUGCCGUUUUCGAUGCCGGGAAGUCCGAGGUUACGUGCGGGUAUGGCGACACCUGGGGAUAUGGGUACUUUGACGGAAGAGAUGCAAGGAUUGAGUACGAGCGAUUAUCGUGGAACUAUGUGGCCAGGGAAGGAGGAAGAAGAGGAAGGCUAUCCUUUCCCGUUGGUGAUGAAAGUCCGUUCACGCGCAAGUUCCAUCCGAUCCGGUGCGAGUACACCAGGUGGCGGCGCAUACAAGAGCCUGAGCGAGAGAGACUUACAGAAGGCAGACGCAGCGCUGAGCCAUGUAAACGAGAACCAAGAGGUGAAGGUGAACGGGGCAUACUAAGUCUGGCGACAAGGGCGUGUUCUUGUCGAAUUGAUAUGAAUAACGUUGAUCCUAAAGUGUUUGUUGUUUGCAUCUUUCAACAAUCUCUCCGUUUUUAACCUUUGCUACCAUCAUUGUUACCACUUUGCAAUUUUUGUUUUACACCCCAACCCCCCUCUCUUACUCAGUCGUACUACUGUGUCGUGCUUUCAUCUAUGAGUUUCUUCCCCCUACAAUUUACUUUUCCCCUUUCUCCUUUCCUCAACUUUCCCGUUUAACUUUUCAACCUUCUCUUCUCAAUCUAUGCGCUACACUGUUUGCUGUUGUCGACUACCCUGUUCAUUUGUUUCCGUCAUUUCUUUCUCAUCGUUCAGGGAUCUUUUAUACAUUUACAUGUUCGUCAAUUACCUUUGUUGUUC